AGUAAAAGAUGAUUUGAGCCCACUGCCAGCUCACACGCUGCACGCACACUGCACGCACGCACACGCCUGUUCCAAGAACGCAGCCAAGAGUCGAGACGGCACCAGGCAAGGAGGGGGGGAGGCUAGCAGCUCAGUGGAUUGGACGAGAGACGGACACAGGCUGACCACCAAUGACAAGGGUCUGGGGUCAGGUGCAAGGGUGCGGCAGGGCAGGGCCUCUCGUUUAAGUGGCCCCGGGUGUUCUCAAGUUCAAGGCAGCUUGGCUGCGAUGAUAUGUGAUGUCGUCAAAGAUAUGCCUUUUUUCUUUCUUCGUUAUUUCUCGAUGGCAGGAGGCCCAUCCACAGCGCACCUAGCGACAAAGGCAAUCAAUGCGGGCGAAGCGGGCAGCAGGCGACAAGGUUUCCUGACGGCAGAUGGGCGGGGAAAGGUGACCUGAGACGCUGGCAAGCCGACGUGGGAUGAGCAGCGAUGAGGAGAUGGACUCGGUUCGCAGACUCGACCUGAUAGACGAGGUAGCUCUUCUGUGAGACUCGACGAGUGGAGAGGCUGUGCAAUGCGGCAACCCAACCCAAUCCAAUCCAAUCCCCUACUAGAUGCGCGAUGGCGGUCGUGCAAACGGCCCAGUUCCACACACGGGUACUGGCCAGGUCUUAGGUAUCCGUACAGCACUUAGUCGGUCAAGAGCGGAGAGAGACGAACGACCACGCCGCACUUGUAAGUGAGGUGAGGGUGCAGCACCGAACCAUCAGGCUGUUACCUCUCCUUCUUCAGGCAGUCAGGAAUGUCUUGGCUAUCUGUCCGAAACGGCCUGUGCGCUGCGGGGUGCUUGCUAGACGACGUGCCAGGCGAGGAAGAAGAAGAAAAAUUAAUUGCCAAAAAGCCAGACGUUUGGCAAUGAGAGUCGUCGGCCGAAGUUGGUUGGCUGCGAUGCAAUCGGCUGGCGACGAGUCGACGACGCCGUGCGAGCUUGUGGAGGG